AAUCACACCACGUCUCUGCUCGUUUACAUAGGCUGCUGUGUUUCAGCUGGAUCGGACGAGAGGCUGCUCCAGGUUAGAUAGUAUUCAUAACUGGUUUACAGACUUAUAGUUCUGGUUUACACCGACAGACAGACAGACAGACAGACAGACGCUGCUGGUUCACAUGAUGGAGAGAGUUGUUCUGGUAACCGGCGCCAACAGCGGCAUCGGCCUGGCCCUGUGUGAAAGGCUGCUGACUGAGGACAGCCGGCUCCGGCUGUGUCUGGCCUGCAGGAACAUGCAGCGAGCCGAGGCCGCCCGCUGCGCCCUCCUGACCUCUCAUUCCGACGCACAAGUCGACCUGCUGCACCUCGAUGUGGGCUCUGUGCGAUCAGUGCUCACCGCCGCUCAGGAGGUCAAGGCCAGGUACAACAGAAUUGACUUUCUGUAUCUAAAUGCAGGAAUUAUGCCGAAUCCACAAAUUGAUGUCGGAGCUUUUUUCAGGGGUCUGUUCUCCAGGAAUGUCGUCAACAUGUUUGCGACAGCCGAGGGUAUCUUGACUCAACAGGACCGCCUCAACUCGGACGGUCUGCAGGAAGUUUUCGCCACCAACCUCUUCGGCCAUUUUCUCCUGAUCCGGGAGCUGGAGCCGCUGCUGUGUUCGUUGGAUCAAACGUCUAGGAUUGUGUGGACCUCCUCGAGUAACGCCCGCCGCUCUGCCUUCAGCAUCGAGGACAUGCAGCACAGAAAUGGGAUGGAGUCCUACAGCUCCUCCAAGUACGCGUCGGACUCGCUCAGCCUGGCACUCAACAGACACAAGAACAGCCAGGGGCUGUUCUCCUCUGUAAUCUGUCCAGGACUGGUGAUGACUAAUCUGACCUACGGUAUCCUCCCCUCCUUCUUCUGGACCCUCAUCAUGCCCAUCAUGUGGCUGAUCAGGAUCUUCACCAACACAUUCACGCUCACCCCAUACAACGGAGCAGAGGCGCUGUACUGGUUAUUUAUUCAAACCCCUGAGUCUCUGGAUCCAAGAGCAAAGUAUUGCAGUUUAACAUCGGGACUCGGAACAAACUACACUCAACCUCGACAGAUGGACAUCGACGAAGAAAUGUCUGAGGUCCUCUAUUCAAAACUUGUGGAACUUGAGAAAGAAGUCAGAAGGAAACAGAGUGAGGGAGGUGCAGACGAGGAGGCUCAUGGACGGUGCCUCGGUGAGAUAGAGUAGCAGUGAGCGUUUUGCUCUUGGGGGAAGUGGACCAUGUACAAUUUGUGACAAAGAACAAUAAAAGUGCUCUUAUUCUUUUCAUUCUU